UGCUACAUCAGGGUUUAUACAAUAGCAAUAGAUGGGGAGCAGUUUAAUACACUCAACCGCCUCUUCCUGCUCCCCCAUCCCGGCAGUCCGCCCCUUUGUGUCGGAAGCGGGGCCAUGGCCGGGGCCGGGAGCGCAGCGCGGAGGCUGCUCCAGCCCUGCAGCCCGCGGGGCGUCGCGGUGGGUCCGGGGGCAGCGCGGAGCGGGCGGCGGAGACACGGGUGGGGCGGACACGCUCCUGCCGGGAGGGGCCGGGCCCGGCUGCCUGGUUUGCCCCCUGCCCGGGAGGUACCAAAAAAGCAUCUGGCCCCUCUGGGAAAAGAGAGAGAAGCAGCCAAAGCCGAGGAGGAGCGGCAAAGCGAGGAGCUGCCGAAACAGACGGAAGCCGAGAGGCAGAAGAUCAUCUGGGAGUGGCAGGAGCUGCGAGGGUUUUUGGAGGGGCAGGAGCAGUGGAUGCUGUCCCGCUGGAAGAGCUAGAGAGAGCCAUUGUCCAGAGAAGGGAUGAGGGCAUCUGCAGCCUGUCCUGGGAGAUUUCUCUGCUCAGCGAGAGGGGAGGAGAGACGGGGCAGCAGCCGCUGAGACAACCCCUGCAGGUCAGGCUGUUAUUGCAAUGAUCAUACACAGUGUUUCUAUAGGCGCUUCUGAGCCCUAGAUCCCAAAGCACUUUACAAAGUGGGGUAAGGGGCAUUAUCUCUAUGGGACAAAUGGGGAAAGUGAGGCAGAGGGAGGGGCAGAGCCUUCCCCAAGGUCAAACAGUGAGUCUGGCAGCGGCUCCAGGGAUGGGUCCUGGGAGUCCUGGAUGCUGCAGUCUCAAGCCCUUCUCUCCUGGAAAUGUCUGUCUGCAUUUGCAUUUGCAGAGUGAAAUCCCCUCCCUGCCAUGCUGAGGUCCUGAGCCAGGCCUAAGGCCCCUCUCACUGCAGGUUAAUGGGUUUAGUGGGUCAUGGGGCCUUCUGGGUCUCUCAGCACUGGAGGGAAUUUGAUUCUCAAUGAAGAGAAAUAUCUUCUGCCUGCAAAAGUGCCCGGGGAGAAGCUUUCCACAGUGGCGACCUGCCCGUAGGGAUUGCUGGGGCUGCGUAGGGGAAAGUCCCUGGUAGGGGGUGGUAGCUGCUCUGGGAAUGUAAACCUGAGAUUCCCCUACUGGGGAAUCAGUACUGGCAACUCGCUGAGCUGGGCUGUGAGAUGGAGCCGAGGAUCAGCGACAUCACUAGAGACCC